CACAACCCGAAGAACACAACCAGAGGAACACAACAUGAGGAACACAACCUGAAGAACACAACCCGAGGAACACAACAUAAGGAACACAACCUGAAGAACACAACCCGAAGAACACAACCCGAGGAACACAACAUGAGGAACACAACCUGAAGAACACAACCCGAGGAACACAACCCGAGGAACACAACAUGAGGAACACAACCUGAGGAACACAACCCGAGGAACACAACCCGAGGAACACAACAUGAGGAACACAACAUGAGGAACACAACCUGAAGAACACAACCCGAGGAACACAACAUGAGGAACAGAACCCCCUAAAGAACAGAUCCUCCUGAAGAACAGAACGUGAUGAAGUGGGAUCAGCUGGAGCUGGACCCGAGGAUCAGGGCAGCAGUGAGGAGAGCCAAUCUGAAUUGUGUCAGGGACGUCCUCUGUGUUUCUGCUCUGGAUCUGCAGAGGUUCACUGGUCUGUCUCACUCUGAUGUCCAGCAGUUGCUCGCCGCGGCAGCCGCCGCCUGCAGGCGACGCCCUCCCGACCCAGCCGUCCUCCGUGGAGGACAGCGUGACCUCAGACUCACUGUGGGCUGUCCCGUGCUGGACGAGCUGCUGAGGGGGGGACUUCCUGUGGGGGGCGUCACUGAGCUGUCUGGAGAGAGCGGAGCAGGAAAGACUCAGCUGGCUCUGCAGCUCUGUCUGUGUGUGCAGUACCCGACGCAGCACGGAGGACUCGACGCAGGAGCAGUUUACAUCUGUACUGAGGACCCGUUUCCUGUCAGACGUCUGCAGCAGCUGAUCAGGGAACAGUCGUGUCUUCGCUCUGACGUCCCUCCGUCGUUGAUCAGCAGCCUCCAGUUCAGCGACCACAUUUACAUUGAACACACUGCUGACUUGGACUCUCUCCAGGUGUGUCUGUCCCGGCGUGUCCCCCUGCUGCUGGCUCGUGGUCUUGUCCGACUCGUGGUUGUGGACUCGGUGGCGGCUCUGUUCAGGUCUGAGUUCCAGGCUGAUGAUUGGCUGGAGAGGAACAAACGGCUGCUCACCUUCUCCUCCAUCCUGCACCACCUGAGCCAGGAGUUCACCACACCUGUCCUCUGUAUCAACCAGGUCACAGAUGUCUUCUGCAGAUCAAACAGUUCAGGUCCUCUCUCCUCCAACAUGUCACCUGCUCUGGGUUUGGCCUGGUCCAAUCAGGUGAUGGUGCGGCUGAUGAUGCGCCGUCUCCAGAGGACAGUUGUCCGUGGUGACCAGAGCAGCGCCCUCCGCAGGCUGGAGGUGGUGUUUGCUCCUCACCUGGCUCGAGAUGGACGAGACGCUGCAGUGUGGAGGGAGGGGGUGGGGGGGGUCUGCAGCUCUGACACAGAAACAUGAGUUUAUUCAAAUAUCAGUGUGUUUGUAUUAAACUGUAACUUUGUAGCCGUUUGAAGUCAGGUGUAAAACUGUAGUUUUUGGUCUCUAAUCAUCCCAGUAGAACUUUAUAUUAAUGUAAAAGGCCAAAAAUAUGUGGACACGUGUUCAGGUUUGUGUUGCUGAUUCACUUCAGGUUUAAAUCAGCAGAUUUUUCACCUCAUAUAUAUAUAUAUAUAUAUAUGUACACACUCAUACGUGUGUGUGUUAAUAUUUACAUUACUAAUGUCUUCAUAUUAUUAUUAUUAUUAUUAUUAUUAUUAUUACACACAUCCACAUAUCAUUCAAUUAUAUAUAUGUACAUAUUCAGGUCCAUCAUGGCGUCACUGUGGUCCGAGAAAAAAUAAUUGAACGUCGGUUCUUUUAAAAUAAAAGCAUGAGAGUAAAAGUGACUCCCUCUAACCCUAUUUGAAUUUAAACUUGUUUUAUUUUGACAUUUUACUAAUAAAUAUCUGUUCAAUGAC